AUGGUUGCGAUACAUUCCUCAGGUCCACGGAUCGACCAGGUUCUUUUCUGUCUCGAACUGUCCUGGUCUAACAGCUUUGAAGGUUUCAAACUCCAUUUUACCCCUGGGGCCGCGUUGCUUAUGCUGCUUGUGGAUAUAAUCUGGAUGAACAUGGCAACGCUGCUGUUUGAUUCCAUGUUCAGUGAUAGCGACUUCACGCUCUUCAGACUACCAUCAGGCAAAAAGGUUGUUCUAUAUUUUCGUUUUCUUGCCUUUUCAAUAUUCCUACAACUCACCAGCAAGGGCUAG